AUGGCACAAUUCAACUACGCAGCAGAAUGGCAGCGACUCAAGGAUUUCCACUUCGAACUUGGCUUGAUCGGUGCCGGUUUCUUCGUCCUCGUGACCAUCCUGGGUAUUGUGUUGUAUAGACUUGGCGGACGGGUGUCGCUUGACAAAGUCGCUGCCCAUCCCUAUCUCAAAUUCGUCUAUGCCUGUAUGCUCAAGCCCCACGACAGACGAGCCGACAUUGGCCAGCAAGGGGCUCUUGAGAGCUUCUAUUCUGCUCAGGCAAAUGUCUAUGACUCUACCCGAAAACGCCUGUUGCGAGGGAGAGAGGAUAUGCUUGCGAUCUUGGUGGCAAAGUUGCAGGGUAAAAUGGCCUCCGGAGAAGGGCGCAAGCCUGUAUGGUAUGACAUUGGGGGCGGCACUGGGUACAACAUCGAAGUCAUGGACAAAUUGGUGGGUAUCGAUGGCUUCUUCGAACAUGUGUUCCUCGUCGAUCUCUCCACUUCAUUGUGUGAGGUCGCCAGAGAACGAGUCCGUAAGAACGGCUGGAAGAAUGUCACCGUCUUGUGCCAGGAUGCGAGGUCGGUCGCGUGCGCUCCAUCCUCGGCGGAUCUGAUCACCAUGAGCUACAGUUUGUCCAUGAUCCCGGAUUUCUAUGGCGUGGUCGACAUGGUCGCAGGAUUUCUGUCCCCCAGAGGCUUGAUUGGCAUUUGUGACUUUUACGUCCAAAGCAUUGUCGAUAUCUCUUCAAGGAACUACUGUGGUGGGACCUUCAACCGCCAUGUGAACUGGUUCGGGCGCAUGUUCUGGCGCACGUGGUUCGAUGCCGAUCGAGUCAACCUUGAUGGUGGUCGAAGGGACUACGUCGAGUAUCGCUUUGGUACUGUCUUGUCAACAAGCCAGCGCAACUACCCUCUCGGCGGACGAGAUGCCGAAGCUUUCGCUGAACAGGGGCAGGAAGUCUUGGAAAGACUCGAUGCGGCUCUUACGGAAUCACCAUAUCUAUCUCCUAUGAAAUUCAAGGAGCAGCGGAGCUUGGACGCACAACAAAGCAUUCCGCGCUCAAAGUCGUAUGAGUCGGCUAUUGUCAACUUGAGCAAUGACCUGCCUCUUCCUUCAGCGUUUUACCAACAGCACCAUUGGCGAAUCUAUUACAAUGACCUUUUGCAAAAACAUCAACAGUUCGGCAACGAGUAUAUCUACGCCUUCAACUGGGAAGAUCCCAAGGUCGACCAUCAGCUCUUGAAGAUCAAUCAGGACGACGUUAUCCUCACCAUCACCAGCGCUGGGGACAACAUUCUUGACUAUCUGCUUGAACGACCCAAGCGUAUUCACGCAGUCGAUCUGAACCCGAACCAAAACCACCUCCUCGAGCUCAAAGUUGCCGCCUUCACCGCCCUCCCUUAUAACGACGUGUGGCAACUCUUUGGCGAGGGCAAGCACCCAGACUUCCGCAAUCUCCUGCUCUCCAGACUCAGUCCUCAUAUGUCCAGCCAAGCGUUCCAGUACUGGCUCAGCAAAUCCUACAUCUUCUCCUCCAAGGGGGGCCUGUACGAGAGUGGGGGGUCCAGACACGCCAUUAAGCUCAUCCGGUGGCUGUUCAAGACGUUUGGUCUAACUGCAAAAGUGCGCACAAUAUGUAAGGUGGAGACGCUAAACGAGCAGCGCGAGAUGUGGCCUCAGAUCAGGAAUCUCCUGCUCAGCUGGCCCCUACAUAAGACGGUGGUGUCUACAGAGUGGUGGGCGUGGAAAGCGGCCGGAGUUCCUCCCAACCAGCACGCUCUCAUCAUUGACGACUAUGCACAGCGGACGGGGCUGCCCCGGACGAAGAAGCUCUGCGGCGAAGCUAUCUGGCAAUACGUUGUCGACACUUUGGAUCCUGUGGUGGAAACAACGCAGAUCAGCAGAGAGAACUAUUUCUAUUAUCUGUGCUUACAGGGAAAGUUCUCGAGGAAGUGCCAUCCUCGCUACCUUGGUGUCAAGGCGCACGCAACGCUGUCAAAGCCCGAUGCAUUUGAUGGUCUGCGCAUCCACACGGAUGAAAUUAUGGAAGUGAUUGCUAGGAUAAGCCCGUCGACAUUGACCAUUGCUAUUCUGAUGGACUCGAUGGACUGGUUCGACCCGAGUGACAAGGACUCGGCGGCUCUGGAGCAAAUCGUAGCUUUGAACAAGGUCCUCAAGCUUGGAGGUCGUGUCCUGUUCCGCUCUGCAGCGCUGCGGCCCUGGUACACGGACAUAUUUGAGCAGAAUGGCUUUAGUGCCAGUUGCGUGGGCAGACGGGAUUCUGGCAAGUGUAUCGAUCGGGUCAACAUGUACGCGUCUGCAUGGAUAUGCACCAAGACAAUCGACAUCUCGACAAGUCCGCUCAUCCUUUCGAAGGAGAAGAGCGUGGAGGCUGCGGCGUCGUUAGAGGAGCUGAAGAUCUAG